AUGGAGCUCUCAGCCAUGCCCAACAAUUUUCCAAAGCCGAGUCAGUGGAACCAUCGACAUCGACAGCCUGGCUCGACCAGUCGCCUGCGACAGCUCUCCCCCGAACAGGAUGAAUACGGUGAUCAACUUCCCCCAUCGGCUCGUGUUACGGCAUACGAUGUUACUGACUCUCACUUUAUUCUCCCAGAAUACUGGCCUCCCAAUCUCAAAUUUGAGCAGCUAGACUGCCUCGUUGAUCCGCCGCCGACUCUAGCCUAUCGAUUUGAUGUAGUACACCUGCGCAUGUGGGCCUUCAUUAUCCGUGACAACGACCCCGGCCCGCUGAUACGCAAUGCCGCUAAGUUGCUUAAACCCGGUGGUUACCUUCAAUGGGAGGAUGCCAGAUUUGGUAGCAGUGUGGUUAGAGGCGAUGCUGCCCUUCAGGUGCGACGGAUGAUGGACCGUAUGAGCAACGCCUCGAAGCAUGACUUCCACUUACUCACUGGUCCUUGCUCGGCCGGCUUUAGGUGGCUCGACCAGCUUGACCUGCAUGUGGAACGUGCAGAGCCGGCUUUGGAUGUAAUAGACUGCCAGUACAAACCGUGGUCGAGUCAGUUUAUUCCGCUCUGUAUGGAUAACUUCAUGGUGGCUUUGGAGAGUAGCGGCGCUGCGUUGGACCAUUUGAAGCAGGUUGAUCCAUCUGCUCCCACCUUGGAUCAAUGGGAGAAGGCACUGGAGGCACUGCACAACGACAGUCGUCAUCCAGGAGGCAGUCAGCUUUAUUGGCUUCCAGUUACGUUGCUGGCUAGGAAGAGUAAUUGA